GAACGCAAAGCUAAACGAACGCUCGGGAGCGAUCGAGCGGUACCCUGCCUCUGGGCGCAGAACUACAUUUCCCAGCGGGCAUCGGGGCUCGGGGUCCCUUUCCCUUGGCCCGGGAGUCCGGAGUCGCCACCGGCGGGAGCGCUGGUGAAUAAGCUUUUCAAAAUGUCCAGCAAAGAAUCUUACGGAAAAAAAGAGAAAUCUCUGAGAAAAGGCACUGCCCCAUCACCCAAUGUUGAUGAAGAAGUAAGAAUUCUGGAUAAGAAAGAGAAAAAAACCUCAGCAAAUUCUACUAGUUCACCUUGUUCUGUAAUAUCAGUUUCAACAGAGAAGAGAAAACUGAAAUCAGAUGAUACAGAUAUUCUGUACUGUAAUGUAAAAAGAAGACAAGAACUGAAAAGACUGAAUGUAGAAACUGACACUCCAAGAAAGAGACCAAAAAUUAGUUCUUCAUCCCAAGGACUUGUUAAACUCCAAGAAACAUCAUACUCAAAUGAUAAUCAAAUUAUUUCUCAGAGUCCUUCUUCAAAUGGAACUAAAAAUGGUAUAAGUAAAUGUGUAGAUUUUAAAGUUAAAGAUAUUAAAUUGACAAAUGUUAAGAGUGAGCUGGACCAUGGAAUUAAAAACUUUAGCAGUCCUAAGAUUGCCAAAGAUGUGAGACCUAAAGCUGAAGGCCAGGCAAGUGAAAAAAAAUGGCCUCAUCUACUUGCUCAGAGGAAGAAGAUGAAGGAACUCAAGAAAGAAAGGUACAAUAAAUUUAGAGACAGUUCUGAAAAAUAUGUUUUGGAGAAAUGCAAGAGAAUCCAAUUUUCUCAGGAUUAUAAGUCCAACAAGAUAAUUAAGGAACCCCUCGAAUCUAGAAGAAGAAUGAUCAAUUUCAAAAUCCUAGGAGAAUCCUGUGAAACCCUUCAGAAGCUUGUAGAAGAAGAUGUCUUCAGUUUAGAUUCUAACACGUUAAAGACCAAGCAGGAGAAAAAAGAAUGCCUGGAAGGCUCCCAGUUUUCGUUAAAUUUGACAAGGCACAAAAGUGAACAUUUAUUUUCAGAUUCCACAUAUAAGCAGACUGUUCGUGAGUGGGAAGGAAAAUAUCAUGAGCAUCAAAGAAGUAAUGAUUCAAGUUCUAGUGAAAACCUAACCAAGAGUUUUGAAGCACCAUGUUCUUCAGUGUCACUUGAAAGUAUUCAAGAUACAGAUCAAGAGAUGCAGAUUGUAGAAGAGCUUCACGCUGCACGUGUGGGAAAAAGUGUGGAUUUAACUGUGGUUCCACCUUCUGGAGAGUUAACAAGUAUGGAGAUUGACUUGGUGGAAGAUGAUGUACAUUCCUCUUCUGCAAAUACUGCUUCAGACAAAAAGCUUUUAGUUGUUGUUGACACAAAUAUACUGAUGAAUCAUCUCAAAUUUGUUAGAAUUUUGAAGACAACAGAAAUCUCAGGCUUUGACAGGCUUGUGUUAAUAAUUCCCUGGGUUGUUGUGCAAGAGCUGGAUCGUAUGAAGGCAGGAAAAUUACUGAAACGUGCCCAGCACAAAGCUAUACCUGCCGUUCAUUUCAUCAAUGACAGUCUCAAAAAUCAAGAUAGAAAGCUAUGGGGUCAGUCAAUACAACUUGCAUCUCAAAAACUUUAUGGAUUGAGCGAUGAGAACAAUGAUGACCGUGUAUUAAAAUGCUGUCUUCAGUACCAAGAAUUAUUCCCUUGUUCUCUUGUUAUUUUGUGCACGGAUGAUAGAAAUUUAAGAAACAAAGGCCUAAUAAGUGGUGUGAAGUCACUCAGUAAAGAAGAAUUGAGUGCAGAAUUAUUAAACUUAUCUCUGAACACAGUUGUAUGUCAUCAGCCUUGUAUAUCUAAACAACAAUUGAAAGCAGAAGCAACACCUUUAGAGAAGAGCUGUGAGGAGGAAUCUACAAACUCUGGACUGUGCAUUCCACUUGAAAGCAUUGUAUCUGAUCUUGAAAAAUCUCUUGGAACAGCUUUAUCUUCAAUAUUAGAAACAGAAAUGAAAAUUGCUUUUGGAAACCUUUGGAUGGAGGUGCUGUACUUGAAACCACCAUGGACUCUAAUACAUUUAUUACAGUGCUUUAGAAAACACUGGUUGGCUGUAUUUGGAUUAGUUGUGGAAAAGAACUUGCUUUUAACUGUUGAGAGCCUAUAUGAAAAUCUCUCUAAAGCUAACAAUGCAGUGGAUUUUACAACAGCGAAAUUGCUGCUUCAGGAUUCUAAAAGUUUGCUACAUGCUUUCAGUACAAGGUCAAAUUAUGAUGGUAUUCUUCCACAGGCCUUUGCUCAAGUAAACAAACUACUCCAAACAUUUAUAGAGGUCAAGGCAAAACUUAAGCAAAAUCCUUCAAAAAAUACAGCGGGUAAAAGGCAAGAAGAUAAUUCUUUGAUGAAAUCUAAUAACCAAGAAAUCACCAUUUCCUCAGGUUCUCAUCUUCCCCAACCCAACAGGCAUCAAGAGAUCUGGUCUAUCCUAGAGAAUGUUUGGAUUACAAUAUAUCAAAACAGCAUGGAUGUGUUUCAAAGAUUGGGCUCAAAUUCAGCUCUGAUGUCUUCAAAAAUAGCAUCAUUUGAAGAAGCAUUUGUAUAUCUUCAAAAGUUAAUGGAAGCUGUUAAGGUUAUUCUUGAAGGAAUUCAGAGGAUUUUGGCACCCAGUAGUAAUUAUCAAGAUGUUGAGACCCUCUAUAACUUCCUAAUCAAGUAUGAGGUAAAUAAAAAUGUCAAAUUUACUGCCCAGGAACUUUAUGAUUGUGUUUCACAGGCUGAGUAUCGGGAAAAGUUAACCAUCGGAUGCUGCCAGCUGGUUGAGAUGGAACACACCAUGCAACAGUGCAAUGCCUCCGUCUAUAUGGAGGCCAAAAACAGGGGAUGGUGUGAAGACAUGCUCAACUAUAGAACCUAAGUAUGAUUAUAAAAGUGAACCUCCAAUGAAAGAGAACUAUGCAGGAUGCCCACUAGCAGGAAGAAGGAUCCGAUGAGCUUUGUUUGCUUAGAAAGCCACACCUCCUCCUGGGGCUCAAAGUGCCCUCAGGGAUAUGAGCCUGGGUAGAAGGAGAAGCUUCCAGAGCACCUCUGCUGUCUGCCUCUUUCCUUUUCCAUCCCCUCCCCCUACCAAAUAUGUCUUCAGACUUUUAUCCCUCAGCUGCUUCUAGUUGUUAUUGAGUUUUGCCCUGCUUUGUUUUUGUUGCUGUUGUUGUUUUGGUCGCAGCUUGCAGGAUCUUAGUUCCCUGACUAGGGAUUGAACCGUGGGCCACUGCAGUGAAAGCGCAGAGUCCUAACCCCUGGACUGCCAGGGAACUCCUUGCUGUGCUUCAUUACCUCCCUUUUUCUCUCUUAUCUUUUUAAUAUGUUAUACUUUUUAGGAAAUUUCUUUUCACUCCUAUCAUCUGAAUACUUCUACGUAUUUCACCCUAUGCAUGUGGAUUUUAAUUUUAUCCUAAUCUAUGUGUCUUUCACUUUGUGUGUUAAUUUGUCAAUUUUCAACCUUUCUUAAAUUUUUUUUUUUUUUUUUUGCGGUACGCGGGCCUCUCACUGUUGUGGCCUCUCCUGUUGCGGAGCACAGGCUCCAGAUGCGCAGGCUCAGCGGCCAUGGCCCACGGGCCCAGCCGCUCCGCGGCAUGUGGGAUCUUCCCGGACCGGGGCAUGAACCCAUGUCCCCUGCAUCGGCAGGCAGACUCUCAACCACUGCGCCACCAGGGAAGCCCUAAAUAUUUAUUUUGAUAUGUGAAAAUGUUUUAACUUUCUAGUCUUAUUUUUAUCUUUAGAAGACAUUCUUUAAAAUUUUUUUAGUGUUUGUUUCUUUGAAAUGUAAGGGUUUUGGGGUUUUUUUUUCUUCUUUUUGUUGCCUUCUUUUCUUAUCUUAAACUUUAAUUUAUACUUUUUUUCUAACAGUACAGUGUGGGAGUUGAGGUGUCCCUUUCCUCCCAUCCCCUGCUCGCUCUUUUCUGGGUCUCCCCUCUGGAUUGGAGUAACUCAGUUGACAUAAGGAUCCUAAGCCCCACCUUGGUAAGUUUGUUUUCAUGGGAAAUUAUCAUAUCUUUAGAACUCCAGGUUUUAAAAUCUCCAUUCAGUAAACAUAGCUAUUAUAUUUUGGGCAGAAGCUUCAUAAGCAUGCCAUGAACCAGAAGGGACUGAUGGGAAAAGUCACAUGAGGGCAAGGGCUCUCUACAUAAAGUCUUGCCUUAGUGAGAAGCUGGUGAUAACUUCCUGAGAAGCAUCCCUGAGGAUUUUGACAGCAAAGUUCCUGGAACCAUUUUACUGUAGCCUUUUCCAGCUUACCUCCACAAGAUAGUCCAUUUCCUUCUGGAAAGGACCAGGGAGGGUCCCCUGGCUUGGCCAGGCCACAGCUCUUCCAGCAUUCUGAGCCAAAGAAAAGUUGGCUAAAGACUUAGAGUCUGUUGUACCCUACUGGGUCCUCCUGUUAGGACCUGCAGUGGGCACUUGGGACUGCACAGAUUGGAACUUCAUAGAUGGGUUAAUUUCACUCUCCUAUCAUUGUCUUUGCCUGUCAUGAAAGACAGGGAACACAAGACAAACCUGAAACUUUAUUUCCUUGAUCUUUUGGCCAUCAUCUUAAAACACAAGUUCUUUCACCCUUUCAGGGUUGAUCCACAAUUAUUUAGUGUCGUGGUCUCCCUUAAGAACCUAGCUUUUAUUGUUCAUACUCCUGAUGUGACAUCUCCCCACGCCCACCUAUCUAUUGGAGCCUUUUAGCUCCCUACCGUGUGAGAUGGGAUGAAGUUACCUUUAUCUUCUCAGAGGGAAUAUACCUCACUACUGAAUAAUGAAAUGCAUCCUCCACUUAGGAAGUGCUGCCACCCAUACUCCUUUUCCGAUUUAGAUUGGACUGACAGUCCAGUCUCCCUCCCAGUUGGUGGCUCUUUAAGCUAUUUUGCCAACAAACAACAAAAAACCCCACUCCAGUGAAAAUAAGCAACUCCAUGAGCUUAAGCAGAAUUUACAGCUAUGAACCUAUAAGGUAAGGCAGUAAGACACUCAAAAUCUCAGUUACCAACAUGGCUCGCUGCUCCUAACUACAAACCAAAUUCAGUAUCCUAGCCUUCGCAACUCUUAUUGUAGACUAAUGGUUAUCGCUGAACUACAUUAACUCAGUACAUACCCUUGCAUGGCCAGUGGGGAUGAACGGUUCCCUGAUGUGAUUUCCAGUCAGGUAAAAUAUUGACAUGUCCUAGACUUUUUAAAAAAGGCUUUUCCCUUUAAAGGUUUGGUUAAGCUAGAAAGACAAAACUUUUUCAAGUGUAAAACUGUAGUUUUGAGUUUUGUCAAACACAAUCACAUAAUCACCAGCACACUCAAGUAAUGAGUUCCAUUGCUCCUCGAAAUUCCCUUGUGCCCCUUUGUAGCCAACUCCCAUCCCCAUCUCAGGAAGCCACUGAUGUGUCUGCUAUCCAUGUAGCUCUUUUCCAGAAUGCUAUGCAAAUGGAGGCUUUUGAAGCUGGCUUUUCACUUAGCAUGAUGCUUCUGAGGAUCCAUCCAUGUUGUUUUAUCAAUAAAUACUUCAGUGUUUUUAUUCCUGAGUAGUAUUCCAUUUUAUUCAUGUACCCUUCCACUCAUUCACCAGUUGGAAGGAUAUUUGAAUUUUCAGUUUUUGGUGAUUAUGAAUAAAGCUGCUAUAUUCAUACACAGGUUUCUGUAAGAACAGGUUUUCAUUUCACUUGGAUAAAUACCUAGGAAUGGGAUUACUGUGUCAUAGGAUAUUUAACUUUAUAAAAAACUGUCAAACUUUUUCCAAACUGACCUUACAAUUUUGUAAUUCCUCCAGCAAUUUGAGAGCUCCAGUUGUCAUUUUGCUUUUUACAUUUUCCUAAUGAUCUAUGACAGUAAGCAUGUUUUCAUGUUAUUAUUAGACUCCAUUUAUCUUCUUUGGUGGAGUGUCUUGUUCUAAACCUUUUGCCCAUUUGAAAACUGGAUGGUUUUAUUGAGCUUAGAGAGCUCUGGAUGCAAAUCCCUUAUCAGAUGUUUUCUUUCAAGCCUGUACCUUGUAAGGAUUUGGCAUCACUUUUGGUUAAGAUAGAGACAGAACACUUGCAUAAUGCAGAAGGUAGAUCUUACUAUCAUGAUUUGAGAGUAGCCUUAAUGGAUAGCUGGCCCUGUUAAUUAUUGAUUGGAUGACCACCAUUACAUUUGAUAGAUGCCUUCAAACUUGGCAACUCUUAUUCUUAACUUGCAGGACAGUUCAGUUCAUCUCGUAAGAAGUUUCAGUCUCUCGCUCACUGAAGUUUGGUAUUCUGUGUGCCUUUCUCCAGGCUAAAAUUGUAUUAGUCCUGUUGUUCUCUCUGAGCAAAUAUCUUGUAUUUCCACAAGAUGUCAACUUUGUAUAUACUCAGCUUAAUAACCGAGCUUUUGCUUCUCACCCUUAUUCAAACCCCCAAUAGAGAAUUGAGCUCCUAACAGUGAAGCCUAAGUACUUUAUUGGCCAUUGUGCUAGUAACGGUAAGUUAAAGAACCCAUGAUAUGCACUUGAAUACAUCCCUCUCUUUAUGUACUCUACUUAUUGCUCAAUGUAUCAUUAUCAUUUUUAAGACUCUUAAGAAACUUCUGGUCUUAUUAAGAAAACUGAUGCUUCACAGUAAUUGCUUUUUAACCUUCAGAUAAUUGAUUUAAUAGAUCUCCUGUUAACAGGACCAAAUUUGUGGCUUGGCCUUACUAUUUGAGAUUGAUAUAUUUGAUUCAUAUGUUGGCAUUUUCUCCUCUUUUUUCGCUCAGUUUACCCUGUAUCUUAAGUCUCAAUGAGAGACUCUUCAAAUCCUUUUUUGAAACAAAGUAGGGUACAAAAAAUUGACUAAUAAAUCCUAUAGAGACUGUGUUUUCUGUGACUCAUAGUCUUCUAAAGGCAACUCUGGAAUUACAGUAAUGUCCUAGAGGGACUUUCUCCUUUGCCUACUUCAGUUUUAAGUUAAGAAUUCUGAGAUCUGGAGAGAUUAUAGGGCGUACACCUAAUAUAUUAAGCACUAAUGAUAUUCCCAAAUCCAGGUCUUCUCCUAAAAUAUGAUUAUGUAAGGAAUUCUAGAACAUUGAAAAUGGUAAAGUAUUUAAGACAUACUAGAAGCCAAAAAUCAAAACCCUAUCCUUGAAAAUCACAGUAAAAGAAUUUAUUGUGAUUUAUGCUUGAGUAUAAUCAAUUGUUUUGUUAAUUCAAACAGGUAUUUUAUAGUUUUGCUACUUUUAGAGAUUUAGUCUAGUAUGUUUUGUGCACUAUUACUAUUGAUUGCAAGAGUGGUUAUUACCAAUAUCAUUUCUAAACUAUUCCAAAACCCAUACUGGUUUAAAAAGAAAAUAAUUUAUGCUGAGGCUAUGCCAUUUUGUCCUUCCCUCAAAAAAAAAAUUACCUUUUAAAUGUGGAUAAACAGAACUGGUCACUGAGCACUAUUUUUUUCUUUAUGAAACCUUCUUAUAUUCAAAACAUACUUAAAGAACAUAAUUUUGGCUACCAAACUACCUGUUUGGCAUCAAUGGUAAUAUAGGUAAACUUUGACCCAAAGUAUUCCCACAUAUUAUUGCAUUAAGCAUGUUACAUAGGAAUUGAGAAGUGAUUUCAAGGAUUUUACACUGACUCCCCCCACUAAAAUUUUAUUUCCUUGUGCUAAAUAAAUAGAACAUAUACAGAUCUAUUUUAAAAAUAUUUCAUCAUACUAGGCAAAUUCAAAUCUGCCAACCCAGUUUUAGCCCAGAACCAAACCAGUGAUAGGAACUACACAGCCACCAGGCAAACUGAUUUCCUUUCUCGUUGGUUCUCUGUGGGGAUAGAUGAGUGAAAUAAGGUGUCAAAGUCCCAGCGGAACAUUUGUAAAAAAAAAAUACCUAAUUUUCUUCUCACCCAGGUUAGCCAGUGGAUAGUCAUGUUGUCCCAGUUGGCUCAUUAGAUUCCUGUGUGCCUCUUUGUCUUCCCAGAGAAAACAAAACUAAAAAACCCCCUUUACAUCAGUCCUUAUUUCAGAUAUAAGAUGCCAGUUAACUAUUUUCCCACAAAUACCUUAAGCUCAUUUUUACUUGAAAAAAAAAAAUUUCCCCCCAAAACUUAUAGUAAUGAAUGAGUACACAACAACAUUUGGAUAGUAAUCCCAUGGUGCAAGGAUUUCCUGCAAAGUACCUUUAAUAUGUUUGCAUCAGCAGCAAGCAUUAGGAUGUUCUAAUUUUGGCACCGUAAGUUAUAUGUGUAGCAUUACACAUUAGAUACCAAGUCACCACCCCAACCAGUAUUUAUCCAUAUGAAUAGGAAAACUGAACAAAAACAUAGUUCUGAUAAAGGCUGCAUUCAUAAACCCAAUACAGUUUAAGGUAAUUUUUUUUUUUUUUUUUU